AUAUGAAAGAUGAAAUUCAUGAAAAGCUUACUAACUACCUUUCAAUUGUUUUAGAAGAACUUCUUCUUGAAAAAAAUCAAGAAACAAACGCGAUUGAUUAUCUGGUAAACUCCCAAAGCCAGACAGGAUGUAUAAAAAAAUGUUCUUUUUGCCAAGCCUUCGAUAUUGAUAACAAGAAGCGGAUUU